UCGACUUUCUGCGGCAAGUACGGAGUUUAGAUCCAGUGCUGCUCUCGGCCGAUGCGGGAAUAACGACGGCACGCGCUCGCGAAUGUUAAACACUUAUAAGUUUAACGAUCAUUGCGCGUAAAUGGGAUUCAACGUCUUGCGUGCAGAAUGUGAAGAAUCCCUUAAAGGAUGUGCGGAAUUAAAGGCUCGUCCGCUGCGCCGUUAUUCUUGCUUUUGGGUUUUGUCGCCGUGUCCUCGAUUAAUGCCGACAGUUUAUCCGCUCCGCUUAAUGUGACCAUCACACCGCUAGAAGGAAACUCUGCGAUAGUCACAUGGGAAAUUCUGGAAGGCGACCCAGUCAUUGGGUUUGCAAUCACCCAGCAGAAAAAGGACGUUCGCAUGUUAAGAUUCAUCCAGGAGGUAAACACCACCACACGUUCAUGUGCACUGUGGGAUCUGGAGGAAGACACAGAGUACAUCGUCCAUGUGCAGUCUAUUAGUAUGAGCGGAACCAGCCCACCCAGUGAACCCGUUUUGUUCCGCACUCCCAAAGAAAAAGAAAAACUGGCCUCUAAAAGCCCAGAUGAAGUGACCAUGGAGGAGGUUGGCCAGGCCGCCCAGCUGAGGGCUGGAGAGCUCAUAAUCAUUGUGGUCGUUCUCGUCAUGUGGGCGGGUGUGAUAGCUCUCUUCUGCCGUCAGUAUGACAUCAUUAAAGACAACGAGCCCAACAAUAACAAGGACAAAGCCAAGAACUCAUCAGAAUGCAGUACCCCCGAGCACCCCACGGGGGGGCUACUGCGCAGCAAGGUCUAACUCCGCCUACCCCUUUCGGCAAUAACAGGCUUUUGCCUCAGGACAGUGCUCGGAGACAAAACAAGUGAGCGAUCAAAUAACAGAGUUUUGAAGCCCACCCUUCAUCUUUUGAACAAACUUUGAAUAUUCCCAUCAACCAACAUGAACCCUUUGGUGCUUGUCUGUUUGGGACAUCGACACAAAACCGAGGACAAAUCUUGUACAGGUGGAUUCCAGAAUCGCACCGCGGCAAGUCUAAGAGGUAUGGAGCGAGUUGUUGAGUUUUAAUCUCCAACUGAAGCCGAGGACAGCCACCUUAGCUGAAGGACUCAAACCUUGCUAAAAGACCGGAGACACCAUGCCACCAGGAACUGUGUAGUCUCAAAGAGAUAAGAAGAAAACCUGUCACCCCCGUGUGGCAAAUCCUAUAUAACACAGUAUGGUGUUUUGUGAAGAGGAAAAAAGUGUGAUAUCUGUUCUGAAACGGGAUCGGGACUAUCAUUAAACUUCUGUCACUGACAGGGAUAGCAUUACCAUAUUUCACUCCUCUAUCGCCCAUAACUUCUCUCCCUCUUGUAUUUGGUCCCCUCUUUUUUCAGCCGUCUAGUAUUGAUUUCUUUACAUCCCUCUAUGCACAACCCUCCAUUCACUUUCUGUUUCCAACAGCCAGUCACGGACAGUCAAGACAACCUGAUGUGGUUUAACUGGUGCAGUGAAGUCUUUCUUAGCACUCUCGCUCUCAGGGCAUUCAGUAAAACAUCACACAAGAAUCAGAUGGGCCGUGUCACUUCGCUCAGAACUGCAAACCCAUCGAUUGGUGAAGAUCUCCAUAAUAUAAUAGUGAUAGAAAAUGUAUUUAAUCGCUUGUGUGUUUCGAGUAAAUCAACAGCUUGCUGUCUUCAAUGAGCACAUUCUUGUACAGUGAUGGAUACUUCGGUCUUCAUAUUGCAUCAUGGACAUUCUUCAUCAUUAUGGCUAUUCUAUUUACUGCUUUUACAUGCUGCUAGGAUAUAGAGUUGGUUGCUAUUAUUUGUUUUGGGUUUUACGUCCCUUUUAAACAAAGGCUGAAGUAUAGCACCAUUUCUAUGCGUACGCGUGGGAUGGCAUACAGUGCGCGUGGCGCACAUUUCGUCAUCAGAAUAGUAUGCACGUACUGUACGCGCACCGCCGGAAUUUUGUUACCACGCUUGCAAAGUAUGCGCAGGCAACGCAUGAACAUUCCAUCUCUUGCAGUAAUUAGUUUAACCACCAGGUUGUGAGAGCAUCGAAUCAAGGUAGUAGAAGAAAAUCUGACCCCUGUAGGCACGCAGAGAUAUUGCAAUAUGUCGCAAUGAGCAUUCAUCAAUACCCGUGUGUACGCGUAAGAGUCGAAAGUAGUAUGCUUUGCAAGGUUGUGCAUUCGGCUGUGGACACGUAUGCCACAGGCAUUAAAGUACACUUGAAACUUUAUCACCAAGUUCUCUUGUUUCUUAGUCCUUACACCCUUCUGUCAAACACCAUUUUUUUUAAGGUCCAAUUUCUCAAGGGCAAACCGAAGUCCUCACACGUCAGGGAAAAAACGAAUUGUGGGAAUGCAGAGCACAGAGGUCUCCAAAGCAUAGAUUUCCUCGUGUGACCGUCGCUGGUGACGUGGGACCGAUUGAAGUUCGGCGCAUUAGCCGGUCUGACAUCCCAAAAGUUCAACUUUAAUGAGGUUAUUAACCACGCGCGUUACCCGAAGACGUGUGUUCGACUGUUAAGGUAUUUAAUCUGAAGAAUAAAAGCUGUAAUUAAUCUUCAAACCAACCUAUAUGAGAACACAGUGAAGAGCGGAAUUGAAAUAGAGCCAUCUCAUUUUUCAAGUCGUCUCCAAUUCAAAGCAGUUAAUACUCCCAUCUGCUUUAAACACAAAGAACUGUUAUAUGCUUGAGGAUUCGAGAGCGCUGCUCAACGGCCGUUUGUAUUGAGAAUGCUACAUUGUUCUGACGGAUCGAGACGUUAAUCAGCCGUGCCAAAGGCACCCUGACUCGGCACAAUUAAACAUUCCUCCAUCUCUGACCAUUACCUCCUCAUCUCCAUCACCAUGGCGACAGCCCAGCGGACUUGUCCCCUCAGUCCGCAGCCAUCCACAAGUCAUCCGCACCCUCGUUUUUCAUUCGAGCCAGUGGAGGAAAGCGUAUAUUUCUCCUUUAAUGACUGCUAAUUAACCUUGGCCAUGGGGGAGAGCAGGCAGGCUGUCGGGUGAAAAAUGGCUGAUAUCAGUAUUCUGUCUGAGGCGCCUAACGUAAAAGAACAGAAAAGACAGGAAGGCUCAAACUGCAGCACUUUAAAAACAUGAGAAAUGGAGAGAAGUGCACACAGAGGCUAUGUUCGGAAUGGACCACUACUGCACACUACGCAGUGUACGCACAGUAUACUGCCACACAAUUUUUUAAGACAGAAUACGAAACACUAUGCAACAGCAUUGUCACAUCACCUCAAUACAAUGGAUAUUCAAUUCAGUUUUAUAGUUUUAGCUUUGAAAUAAAUAGCCCUUUAAAUCCAAUUUCGUGGGAAUAAACAGGUGAUGAAUUUGAGUGCAAGGCAUUGUGGGAUGCUGUAUUCCAUUGAGUAUGUUAUGCUGUAUUGUAUACUGCACAUUUUUGGGCAAAUUAAGUAAGAAUCUAGGACGAAAAGAAAAUUGUGUAAAGUUAAGUUUGGCGUAGUAAUAAAAUAAAGCAUUUUUAAAACCAUAGUAUGAUAGUACCAUUUAAGGCACAUUGAAACACGUUUCCCCCACUAUUACCAUAAUGCAAUAAUAAUGGUUAUGCAAAAUAUAAUUAUUGCAGGUGAAAUGUGACCUGGACAUGUUUUCACCCAUCGGAUUUUCCGUGCACGCAGACAAUUUGGAUACAGCAGCACACGUACAGAAAUACCAUUAGUAUGGUAGUACGCUUUUCUGAACAUAGCCAUAAAAAAAAUCAGCUUACUUGAUGCCCCGAAAAUGAAAGCCCCUUGUUAUACAGCGUCAUGCAAUCAGUCUCCAAAUUUUCCAUUUCAAAAUGAGUAAAUGUAUUCCCCUCCCACAAUCCAAGCUUAUCCUAUCCUAUUCUUCAGCUCUAAAAAGAACUCUCAGAAGAAAGAGAACAAAACGUCUGGAUUUAAACCAGGCAGCUCAUUUGCUACUUAUUGAAGAACAUAAUUCUCCUCUUAGUGACACUCGGAAAAGCCUUUUGCGAGAGAGAUUUAGAAAAUGUGUUAUCACAUUUUUUGCUCAUGUUCUUAUGUUAUCGGUUAGAGGAGCCGGACAGGUUUCUGAUGCUUGUAUUAUGAUGUAAAUUACAUGAGUAAGACGUACAGCAACACGAAUAGCUCAACUUAUUUGAGAAACGAACUUGUACUUUUAAUAACCAAAGUUAUUCAACAACCAUGUAGCUAUAGCAUGGUUUCAUGUGUCAAAGAGCUUGAUAUUUCCUCCCAUUGUAGGUAGAAAAACAGAAUAUUAUAACUUUAUUAUACUGUAAUAAUAUCAGGAUUUACUAGUCAACAGAUACAAACUAAAAGGUGAAAUGUGUCAUUUCUGCACCGCCAGUGGCAUCAAAUGGAAAUGCAACGUUUUCAAACAGGGUUUGCGGACACUUUCUGCCGUUGUUCGACUAACAGUGCUGCUGGUUAGAAUGCUUAAAAAAUUGAGCAGUGUUUUAAAGGUGUCACGGCGCUAACAAUAGAGUUAACUAACAAUAAUUAUCACUUGGAUAGGAGAAAAUAUUUUGAAAUAAAAAAAUCAACAGGUUACCUUUAAAGCUGCAAUCCGUAACUCUUGUCUCUAUGCUGCAAUCUCUGUUAGGUUAUUUUACGUACUUAUUGUUACAUGAGCUGAAGCCAAUUUAACGAAACCUGAAAUCGUAACUGACAGCUCAAUAUUAAAGCAAAAUUAUAAAAUUACAGCUUUAAAUUGGAGAAAAGGUGAGGAGACACUUUGGAUUUUACGUAUUUGCUCAUUCACUUUUUUUAAGCCAAAAAGUUACGGAUUACAGCUUUAAAGUGAUCGUUCAACCAAAAGUAAACUUCUGUCAUCAUUUACUCACCCUGUAAAAAAUUUGUUAAACACAAACCAUAACUCAACAGGUCUGGAGCACUAGUGACUACUAAAGUUAAGAAAAAACUACACUGUAAAACUUUGUCAGUAACUUCCAUUAGAUUGAAUUAUUUCUUAAUACUACUUUCUUUUUAGUACUGUUGUAAAUUACUUUAAUCAAAGUUAAAACAGUUUUGAGAUUCAAAAUGAGCAAGAAGAGAAUGACAUGCCCCCAACCCAUUGUUGUAUAUAAACUAGGUAAGGUAAUGCUUAAAAAUAAAUAAAAUAAAAUAAAAAAAUCUACAGUAAGUUACUGGCAAACCUGCUGUGAAAUUACAGCAACAUUUUAAUGUGUACAAUAGUAAUCAGUGGUGCUGUGAACCACAACUGUUUGGUUUCCCACAUUACUCACAAAAUAUCUUAUUUGAGUUCAACGUUCAUGCAGCUUUGGAAAAGUACGUUUGGUGAUUACAUGACAGAAUUUUCAUUUUGGGUGAAUUAUCCCUUUAAGUAUAUUUUUGAAGUAUUCUAGAUGUGCCUCUAAAAAAUGAUGGAGUAAAACUGUAUAGGCAAUAUAAAGCGUUACAAGUUAGAGAAGAAUGUAUUCCAAGUACACAUUUUUAAAACUGGGAAACAAUGUACUAAUGUAAUCCCUGUUUAAAAAAAAGAGAAAAAUAUGCCCCACAUGACUGUUUCAAACAGCGCACCAUUGAGCGCUGCUGUAAGAGGAACAGAUGGUCUUGGAAACAAGUGAACAGUCUGUGUAUGCUUAUGUUAAGCUUUUGUGAAACAAUGUGUAUUGGCAGUCCAUGUGAAAUACAUCAUGCUCAAAUGUCAUCCUCUGCUCAACUGGCAGCAUAUAGAUGCAUAUGAUAAUAAGGUGACCAGGUUAAGAUUAUGAUACAUUAAGAGUGUUUCAAAUAAGCAUUUCUUGUACAUAGUUCGGUGUCGCAGCAAUUUAGCAUUUCCAUUAUAGCAGUCUGGUGGUCUACUGAAGGCAAAGCGAAGAGAAUCUGCCUUAAAAGAACCCAAACGAGAGACAAGAAGUGCAGUAGACAGGACAGCUGGAGUAAGACUGAUGCAUAUCUAACGUGACAAUAACAUUUGUUCCAUAUAUUUACUAUAGCGCAUGGAUUUCAAAACAGAAGGAAUGUUUUAUGUAAUCCAUUGAGUCUAUGUUAUCUUUUGUUCUUGAACAAUGCUUAAAUGAGGGCUAGCAUGUUUCUGCUAUUCUACACAGAAUUAUACCGUUUAUAUGGGCAUAAAUAGAUACAUGUCUAAUUAUGUACAACCAAACAAAAUAAAGGACCAUGUAUUUUCAAACAAGUCUUCUUUCUUGAUCUGUUUAAUAUACAAAGUUGUCAUGAAACUCUAGAUGGAAAGGUCUAACUCAAUGUGACAUCAUAACCUUGGCACCACAUGGCACAUCUGAUUGGUUUCUAUCUGUAUCGACAGCCAAUGAGCUUCCUGUUUAAAAUUUCAAUCGUGCUUCCCCAGCUCCAGCUGUAUAGAUCAAGGUGAUCAUGUAUGCUAUACGGGGGUUACACUAUUAUUUUAUAUGUGCAGCAGAAGUACUCCUUACAUGCUCACAGCAGCGUGUUGUGCAUGUAUUGGGAGUAUAAAGACUCGCUACUUGCUCAGCAGAUCUAUUACACCAAGUCAAUACACAUUAAUAUUGUCACGUACACUAUCAUGCCAAACCUUC